UGUGGAUUAAAUUCGAUUCCUGCGAGUCAGUGUAAAUAUUUAUAAAUAUUUAUCCAAGUAUUUGUAAAUAUCCGUGAAUAUUUCCGUGGAAUGUGUGGAAUUUUGAGUAAUUAUUUCCUCAGUGAAAGAUUUCAGUGAUGAAUUCAAUGAUUUGUAAUAAAAUCGGUGGGAGAAAUAAUUUUUAUUGAACUCCCAUUGUUUUCUAGUCUAUUUUCGGCGAAAGUUGACGUGUACAAGAUACUUUUACCUAUCCCCUCUCUUUGUCACUAUGGCAUGUUAACUAAAAUCUGAACUAUUGUUCGUUCGUCGGUGCAACAAGAAAAUGAUAUCUUCUAAAAUGAGAAUGCAAUUAUCUUGGGAAACGACAGAGGACCGAUAAAAAAUAUUCGUAGAAUGGUAAAUUGGGGUUUCUCCACAGAAGGUCAUCCCGACUCUCUCGAUAGCUGUAAACCCGCGAGUAAUGCCGAAGAAACGCAGUCCACCUACGCCUCACCUAUGGGACUGAAUGACGUCAGCCCUGAGAAUGAUGGGAGUACUGUGACCUCAGUCACAACAAUCACCUCGACAGUUCCCAGGAUAAACAAUGAUUCCCCCCUGAAGAAUGUCACCGGUAGGCGUGAUCUGUCGUCGGACAGUGAUCCACUAGGUGCUAAGAGCCAGAGUGGUCCCCCAUCGCUAUCAACACCAGUCAACAAUUCACAAACAACACCAACAAUAACAGCUGGACUGGUACAACCGAGUGAAGAGAAUUACGAGGGUUUUGGUUACGUUGAGGAGUUGUCACCGAGUCAGGGAUCAAGUAGCUGCAGCUCAGCGCCAUCACCAACGAACGGACAAUCGUCCAGCACGAAAAAUUUCAAUAAUAGUCCUGUCGGUUCAACAUUGGGACGACAUACCUGGCUGAGGACAUCGCUGAGACGUACACCAGCCUCUGGGAAGAGACAACUAGGGUCAAAUGCAUUAGCAACUCAAUUGUACAGAAGUGGAAGUUUUAACAGCUCUGGUAGAGGCUCCACUUGUGAUACAACUGACGAUAUGUACAGUGAUAUUUCACUGGAGGAUGACGUUAUUGAUUUGAAUCAUCGUGUCAGGAUGAUCCAGGAGCAGAUGGAUGCACUUGUGGAUAAUCAGUCGAGCUUGUCCAUAAGUUCGGAGAGAUAUGCCAGAGUCAAGGAGGAGAAUGCAACACUUCAGGCUAGAGUUCUGAUGCUUGAGGAGGCAGCUAAGGAUGCUGAGGCGAGAAAUGAUGAGAAAAUUAAGGAUGAGCAGAGGAGGCACAAGGAGUGGGUGGCAAGAAUCGAGAGGGAGAAACAGCUGGAGCUGGAGAAUUGUGGAAUCAAGAUGCAGGGGCUGGAGGUAGAGAAUAAUCAAUUGAGGGAGCAGGUGACGAGGCUCAGACAGCAGAUGAAUGUCUUCAAGGAGGAGAGGGAGAGGCUGGAAAAUUCUCUGGAGGAGGCGAAUGCCAGUGGUGAAAUGGCGAGACAGGGGGAGAGGGCUGCUGGUAUCAGGGAGAGUGAGCUCAGGAUGAUGGUGGAUGCUGCUAAGGAGGAGCUUGCGGCUAGGGCUAGGGAUCGAGGGAGAAUCGAGGAGUUGCUUGUCGAGGUGGCGAGAUUACAAGCUAGGAAUAAAAGUUUGGAGGAGUCCAGGGAUGAAUUGCAGGCGGCAGCUGCACUUCAGGUUGGUAGAGAACUUCUGCUCCUAAAUCCUGCGACUCUGGAGAAGAACUCGAAGAGUCUAGCUGCGGAAUUGUCUGAUGGCUCCAGGGACAGGGUCGAUGGCGACAUAAAGAGCAGGAGUCUCGGGGAGGUACUCCAAGCUCUCAAGGAACAGCAGGAAGUCAAUGCUCAAUUGAGGGCGUAUAUUGAUGGAAUUCUAUUAAAUAUUGUGGAAAAUUAUCCACAGCUAUUGGAGGUCAAACAGCCACAGUGACCUGGGCAUUUCGAGGGAAUGGGUCGUGUGGAAUGCAUUUCAGAUAAAUUAUUCGAUAUCCCAAAAAUUGAAUCUUCAUCUUGGAUACUUCGAUGAUUUAUUCUGAAAAUUUUGGGUGAGUUGCAGAGAAAAAAGGAUUGAUAAAAAUUUGAAAGCCGAAAUUUUUCUAU